AUGACGCGAAAUUGGGAGUUUCGAAGUCCGAAAGACCAAGGCCACCGCCGUCUCCUCCUAUCGCGACACGAUGCACCGGCCACGCCGCCAACCAAGCGUAUGCCCACCCCAUACCCCAGCUGCUCAACAUACAUUUGUGCGCAUCUUUACAUCCAUCUUUCUCCGACAUCUGGUGCUGCUGGGGUUGCUGAUCUUGUCAAUGCUGUCGUCGUCGUCUUCGUAAUCUCGGCUGGAGAUGCUACAUUGUGGAUUUAUCUCUUGCGGGAAGUGCCUCUAGCCGAUGCUACAAAGGCCAUCCUGAUCGGUGAAGAGUACAAUGCUCGAUUGGCGAAGACGGGAACACGCGGAAGGCCGCGGCAGAGGACCGCAGCAUGUUUUGUGGCUUGCCUUGUUCGGCCGACAAACGCUGGGCAUCGUUUCGAGAUGUUAUUCGACGACUGGCAACGUGAUUGUGACUGCAUACAACAGGUCUUAGUGCCAUACCGCAAAGGCUGA